UCCGCUCCCCACCCACAAAGUAAAAUCCGAAAACGUUCCUUUACUUUGCUCUGUACCUUAUAUUCGGCCUUUUGAAGGCCUCUUGAUGUGCAGAAUUGGCCAGGAAGAGUGCUUUUCAGAUUUGCGUCGGAAGCAGAUCUCCGAGCCAUCCACAGUCCACUCGUUUUACUUUGCUUUAGGACCUUUUCCUCAUUAAGUUCCGCAGCGAGCGGUGCUAUCCACAAGCCGAUCUCCAUUGGCUCCACACGAUAAGAGAGGGGUUUUGUAGUAGUAAACCUAGCUUUUAUCCACGAUAAUACCUACCCUUACGUCUGUACUUGCGAUGUCGAACACCACUGUCUCAGAGGUGGUGCACGUCCAGACGGAGGCACAUGUCUUGCAUCGCCGGGUGGAAGUUACUAAGCACCGCCAGUCGACACAACAAAGACCUCGUUCGGCAUCGACUUCAUGCAAUCCGCUAUCUUCUUCAUUAACGACUUCAAGCCUUUCAAUGGCAUCGCACGCUCCUGUCCUUGCUUCAGUCCGCGUACUUGUGUUAUCACACCUUGCCGAGCUCGAACGACGACUUGUCUCGAUUACCCUGUCGUUAGAGGACUCGGAAAAUGAAACGUUAGAUAAUAGUGGAGAACAGCUAGUAACAGGGGAAACACAUAGUUGGGCGCAUGAUACUCUUGAGAUGCUCCGACGCAUCCGUUCCGACGUCUCCUCUCAUCUUCCUGACCUGCCGUUCGAUGUACCCGCACUCGAAGAGCUACUACAUACCCAUUUUCAUGACCUCUCCUAUCAAGUGCUCCUGGACGAUAUUCGUGCGCACCUACCGGAUCUCCCGCGUCCGCAUAUGCCGGACUUUACACUCUCGGAUGUCCAGACAAAACUGCAUGAUGUGCGAGCGCAUCUGUACGAAAUGUCGCUUGAUAUGAGUCAACCAAUGAGUUACUUGCCUGUUCUCUCGCAGCACUUGAACUCGUUACAGGCUCACUUGGCCGCCGUGAGCGCUCGCUCCGAUUACGUGCUUCCUUCACUUCCCCCAACUAGCACUUUAUCGGAGUUGUUGGACAGAGUGUUGUCUUCGGAUAUGGUUCCGGCUGUCCUUCAUCGUGUUGAUGGUCAUGAUAGUCCUUUCGAAAGGGUAGCUCGAGAGUAUUCCGAGGCUCUUAAGAAGUCUUAUAAUGGUGCUCGUCUUGUGUCAUAUGUCGAUUUACCAAAAGAAUGGAGGAACAAUCCUUGGGUUGACAGCGGCUAUCGUUUUAUUCCUCUUCAUAAAUGGCCAAUUAUCCUCCUUUCGUUAUUUGCUUUACACAACGAGACUCUUAAUAUCCAUACGCAUAUGAUACCACUUCUGCACACGGCAUUGCAUUUUAUUCCGUCUCUAAACUAUGCAUCCGUUCCCUUGGACCGACCAGAGAAAUUCUAUACAGGCUUCGCCAUGCUCUGUCUGCUCCUAAGCGUGGUUUGGCACACCAUGUCGGGCUGCGCGCAUCGCGUAGGUAUGGAGCUUUGUGCUAGGGUUGACUAUGUCGGCAUCGGAUGGCUAAUCAGUGCUAGUGUCGGCACUGUUGUUUAUUACGGGUUUUCAUGUCAUUCGGAGAUUGUAAUGGCCUACCUAUCGCUAUGCCUGGUGACUGGUAUUUUAGGCAGCGUGUUCCCGUUCAUGGCGUGGUUCAACGACCGGAAGUACAAGCCCGUGCGCGUUGUGUUCUUCCUCGGGAUGGCGUUUACAGCGCUUGCGCCUAUGGCCCACCUGACCUACAUGUACAGUUUUUCAUCGAUGGUUUCCUUCAUCCGGCCCAUCGCCCCGUCGUUCCUUUCCUACAUCAUCGGUCUUGUCUUCUAUGUCACGCACGUGCCAGAACGGUUCGUGUAUAGCAAGGGGAUUGCCCACUGGACAGACUGGCUUGGUGGUGGCUCGCAUGCGAUUUGGCAUGCGUUUAUUGUGUUGGCUAUUUAUCAGCAUCGGUGGGGGAUGGUGGAGAUGAGGGCUGGUGUUGAUGGUGAGGGGUGUGUGGUGUGAUUUAUUUGAAAUUCUUCCUUUUUCUGCCACUUUCAUUGCGGGUUCUUGUUCUUGUUCUUCUUGCACUUCUUGCACUUCUUGCACUUCUUGCACUUCUUGCACUUCUUGCACACUUCGACGAGCGUUUACGAGGGUUCUUCUGCG